GCUGCAUUUGAAGAAUGCAGUCAUGAGUACUGGCGCUAGAGUAUUUUGAUGCGGGUUUGAAGAUGAUGAGGUGACGGAGAAGCCAUGGCUUUCUGCCGAGCGUUACUCCGGAGUCGGAGCACAUCGACUGUGUGGCAAUAUGCAUCACACCAUCGCCGUUAUCUCUCCUCGUCCUCACAUCCGCUGGUGGCAUCCAAUGAUGAGAACCUCUCGCGUUUGAAGGAGUGUGUGAAGACCACACUGCCAUGGGCGCUGGACAAUGUCGGCGAGAAGCCGGUCACCGCAAGAAAAGAGAUGGCCGAGCUUCUCCAGGAGUCCUUUGGCGACAAGGUGAAGUCCAUCGCCACAGCAGUGUUGCGGACGUGUCCGUUUGCGGCGGCCGUGUUGCCAAUAGAGUACGUAUCCGAGCGGAAUAAACUCUGGGUGGUCUACACAAUGAAGGAUGAGGAGUUCCUGGCCAGACACCUCUGGCAGCAGAAGGAGCCGCAAAAGUCGGAACCGUAUGUCCUCGACGACUGGCUACAUUUGAUUGAGGUGCAGGACUUCUGUCGCAUGCUGUUCGGCGGUGACGUCAGCUACGCCGAAACGUUUGUCUCUCCGUACGCCAAUCGUGUGCUGAUCUCCAAGGAUUGGGGCAUCGUGCGUAACGACAGCUACGAGAAGAGUGCGGAGUUUGCCACGCCUGUGUACGUGGCGCGAGCGUUGGAGACGAUAUCAAAGCUGCGUGGAGAAAUUGACUUUGAGAAGCCGUUUGUGCAAGCCGUUGCACCGCCGCUAGAAGACGUGGAGCGCUGGUGCACGAUAUUCAGGUUAUUGCACAAUGUUGACAAUGGACUGUCGGGUCGGCCGCUGGUCGGCUUCCACGACUUCAGAGCGGGCCUUAGCGACGGAGCUGAAGUGCCACCGUUCGUUGAGAACAAGGCGGAAAUCCUGUCACUGCUUGCUUACAAAGAGGGCAUAAUGAAUGACUCGGAUCUUGACAAGCACUUGCGCAAGAUGAUCCUCAUGCAUCAGCUGCCAUACCUGUGCAAGACAGACUUCAAGCCGUCCGUCGACGUCCUGGGCCAGUUCUACACCUAUUUGCUUCUUGCGCGUGUGGAAGGCUGGAUUAUCAAGGAAGAUGACGCGACGAGCUCCUCGGAUGAUGUGAAGCACAGCGCUCGCCAGCAGCUCGAGAGCUACUUUGACUUGAGGCUCGAGGCGGCUAAUGCGCAAGGCCAGGACAACGUCCAGUCCUUCAAGGACGGGCUCGAUCGACAGACUGCUGCGCUGCGGGAGAAGCAUGCGCAACAGCUGGAGGUGGCCAAGAAGAGAAUUGAGCUCAUGGAGGUAGUGUGGGGAGAUGAAAAGGAACUGGCUCUCGACGAAGUAAUCCGGAAACAAGAACGUGAAGAGAUUGAAGUGCUGCAUCCGCUCAAACUGGACAUUGCUCUUGCCGAGGAAGAGAAUAUGCUUGAACCGCGGCUGCUGGAGACGCGGCGUCAGGAGCUGCGUGAGCUUGUUGAGCACAUGCAGGUGCUGGCCGUUACCAAGCCUGGUGACAAUACAUCGUUCAUUCUCUACCGCUAUCCUCUGUCACGGCAAAUUGUGUCCGCAUCACACUUUGUAGCCGAGGACGAUUCUGACGUGUACAACGGCAUUCAAGUGCUGUCGGACAAGCCGGCUGCGCAGCGCGUCUUGGCCUGUAACAUCUCAUGGUUCCUGCGCCAUCUAGCACACGAGCCAGUUCUCGUCGAGGCCCUAUUGUCAAGGAGUGUUCAGUCCAGUCCAGAAUUCAAGAAACUGACAACAUCAAUUGAGAAGAGCGUCAUUGCCGCUCUCUGCAAGAACGUUGGAAUUGCAGCCAUGAAGGAGAUGGACUCCGAAGCUGCCUCCGUCGAGAAACUCAGGUCAUGCCUCGUCAAGGUUCAACAAGCUCAGGAUGUGCUUUCAAAGAAGCCUCUCCAGCGCUCAGCGGACGCCAGCUCUUUGUCUGCCGAUGCUACGCAGCUGAAGGCUGAGUGCAAGGACGCCCUAGGCAAACUAGAGGCACUGUGUCGCAGCAAGCUAGGAGAUGCCAGCAGUGACCUGUCGGCUAUUUCUCGCUGGCUGAAGGAGGUUCUCCGCCUGGUCCCCGUCCGUCGUGAUGAAAGCAGAAAAGACAGCAAGAUGUCCGAUGUGGACAAGUGGCUGAUUGCCGACAUUCCGGCUGAUACUCGAGCCGCCCUGGAGUGUACUGCCACCAAAGAUGUUCAGCUGAUCACAAGCAAGCUAGAAAUAUGCAGUGUCUCAUCAGUGGCAUCGUCUCUCCUCGACGGCGUCAAGACCGAGGAGGCAAUCGAGCUACGUGACAAGGUCACCCUGCCGUCGCCUCCGCUACCGCUGGAAGAGCCCACCUUCUCCUACCCGGAAUGGAGGCUAAUUCGCCGGCGUCGCAGGCAGGAAGACAGCUUGCGAAGGCGCCUGAGACGGAGAGGAAAGUGGCGUGCGGGUACCAAGAUGUUGCGCUGCGGCUGGUACCUUGGUAUGAAGAGACCACCGGUUGAUUUCAGUGACUGCUACACCACUCAACCAGGAGAGGAGGCAUCAGCAACAACCAAGUAACAUCACCGAGGAAAACGUAUAAAUUUCAAAACUUCACAGACUUCAUGCUCACCAUAGCCAUAUUAGUGUACAUACAUAGAUAGAAUUGAGAAUCAUUUUUUUAAUGUCCUGA